AUGCCCGUGGGGGGCAAGCUGAAGCUCAAGGGCGGGGAGGUGGUCACGGCCAACGGUGUGCAGAAGCACAAGAAAAAGAAGAGGUCGAAGACGGUUCCAGAGGGCGAGGAGGUCGAUCCUGGCACCGGGGAGAAGAAAAUCAGCGGCGCUGCCGUCGACACGCGCGAGGGGAAGACGUACGAGCAGAUCUUCGAUCUGGAGAUGCAACGCGUGAAACAAGAGCGCUCGCGGGGAGCCACGCCCUGGGGCAGCUCGUACCGCGCGCCGCCUGAGAUCCUCCACGGCUACAAGAAGAAGGUCAAGGGCCUCACUGCGAGCGAACGCCUCGACCUGCGCUGCGCGUCCAAGUCAGACCGUACGUGCAAGUAA